CCUGGACAUUGGGAAACCUUCCAGUGAUAAGGUAGUUAGUACCCAUCUGCCAGGCUAGCUGUUGAUCCUGCAUUGUCUACCUAUUUCAACCUUUCCUUCCUCCUAUUUUCCUGAUCUCGUCUUUUCUCAAUACCAACAUGAAUUGAUGUGCAUCAUAUUGACAGCCCGUCCGAAACAAGCGAGGCUAAUAAGGUACUAACCGGGCAUUUAUCUUAUCUGGAAACUUAGUACCCAUUCGUCAAGAAGUCCUGUUUGGAUACUGCAUUUGUCGAGGGGAACCCAUGAUCGUUAUGCGACCUUGAACCUUCAUUGAUACUUACGCACUAUAACAAGUUUUACCUCUGGACAUCUCGGCAAAACAUAUCGAUAUUUUGAAGGCCGCAGCAUCGAACCUCGAAUUAGCAUCCAACUUCGCUACCAUUCGGGCGCCUCGACGUCCACCGUUCAACAAAUUCGCCCCCAUCCCUGGCACUACAGCUCGAGUCAAGCAACCCCCUUAUCACGUCACCGAGCCUUCGCAACUGUCGAUCGAACAGCUUCUCGAGCGUCUUGAUAUAAGCAACUUAUAAAUACGUACAUAUCCUUUCUUGAAUAAUAUUGUUGGAUAUCUACAUGGCCGACUUCUAGCGCAUGACCUCGAGAGAAAAACGACCAAGCAAUGAGCUCCGACGAAUCUCCUCCCACCGGUCUUGGCGCCCCCGAGUCUCACGGUGACCUCAAGCCCAUACUUUCACCCAUUCUACCCUCCUCCCCUGCGUCGUCUACCAAAGUCGAUUUCAUUCCACUUGUUACUGUUGUCGGAUUCCAUCAUGCAAGGGGCCCAGAAGUCGAGAAUUGGUUCGGGGCAGACGAUGGGAGCGAUCCUGCAGCUGAAUAUGGGUGGUCUUUGCUGCCUUUCAUGGCCUUGAGUGAUGGGGCGCACGCGUGAGUUGUCUAUUGCGGGUUUGACAUUUCUGAAUGGUGCUGAGAAAUCUGUGUAGAUCCGAGGAGGACUUCUCAUACUUCACGCUGCUUCGCCCAGAGACGGAGGCUAAACCCGCUACGUCACUAUUUGGAAUCUCGUGCACCCGACAACUUGAUUCAUCCCAGCUCAUCAAUCGCCCUGCCGAUGUUACGCGAUCCACUGUCCAGAAAGCUGUUGUGGUCAUUGCCGAUAGCCCUCAAUUCUUCGGCAUGCUUCGUGAGCGUCUCAGUAUUGUCACGCAGGCUUGGUUUGCGCAGCGUGAGUUUACCGAUGUUGAGAUUCUCCGCAGAUUCCAGGAGAGCCUGGCAGAUGAGAAAACCAAAGGCAUUCUCAAUGACCAGGUAGAUCGAGACCAAUAUCUCGGCAUGAGUCUUCGUGAGCUGAUACACGAAUACAAAUGGCAAACUUUGGUUUUGUUGAAGUGUUGCCUCCUCCAACCGAAGAUGCUCUUCUUUGGGUCGAGAUGUGACAGGUUGUGCAUGAUGCAAUUUUCUCUUUUGUCCUUGAUACCCGGCCUCAUUCGCAACCUGCAGGACAGUGCAGACCCAGAGCUGAAUAGCUACGAGACGAGUCUAUCAAAGCCGACCAGUUUGCGAACUAGUGAUCGCAACUCCCUCCUCUGCUAUAUGGGCUUACCACUCCAGAUAUUUGGCAAGGGAAGCUUGUUUGGACCCUAUACCCCCCUGCAACAACUUGAUAUUCUCGCCGACUUUGGCACAAAGUCCUACAUUGUCGGCAGUACAAACUCACUUCUCUUGCAGCAGAAGGAUCGCUAUAGUGAUAUUCUCAUCAAUCUGGACGAGGACUCAGUUGUUAUCAACUCUCCGUCACUUAGAAGCGCUUUGACUCUCACCGCUGCGGACCGGAGGUGGAUAGACUAUUUAACUCACGAGAUCAACGAGACAUGGGACGAAGCCAACCCUAGCAGGCCGAAGACGCUGAAGUAUGUCGGGAGCGAGGAGUUUAUCAGGCUCCAGUUCGAAGAGUACAUUCUUGCUCUGAUCUCCUCCGUCAAAUACCACAACUAUCUUAACGUGAACCCAAACAACCCCAAGGCUAUCCUUCCGGAGGUUGAGGGUGAUCCUGUCGCAGACUUUGGAUAUGAGUGGGUAGAGGCUUGGAAACGCACCGAGAACUACCGCAUGUGGAACGCAAACACUGAUUCCCACCUGUUCGACAUUGUUGACCCUCGACAUCCUUGUGCAGGAGGCUUGAAUAUUGAGGAUGUACAGCGUCGGAUCGCAGAGCAAGUAAAAGAAUUGCAUCUGGACGAGCGUUUUGCGCAGGGCAAAGAAGUCCUCGGUCGGAAUCUUGCCGCGGGCCGUGAAAAGGCAUCUUUCGUUCUUAAUAAACUGUAUGCCGACAUGGAGGCUUUGCGUGAAGCACAACGGCGUCGCGCUGAAGAAGCUCGCGCAGCAUCACCACCGAACGGUUCGAGUCAGCCGGCCGGACAAGACCCUUCAAAGGCCGGACAGCAAGGACAAUCAGCUGGUGCGCGUGCCGGUGCCUACAUCGGGAGCUGGGCAGCGUGGGCUGGUGAGAAGCGCCGAACAAGUGGAUGGGGUGCUGGCUGGGGUCGCAAACCAGCCUCUAAGGCUGACAAGUCAAUGGACGACUCGAGUUCAAGCAGCCCCAUCGACAAAGACUACCAGAUGAUCAGCGCUCCUGUGUCUCGAGGUGGCAGUUCCGAUGAUGCAACUGCACGACCAGGGCGGGGAGCAAGCUUCAGCGAGAGUAUCCUCUCGGGAGUGAGCGAGUCAGGCAGCCGGCCAACCUCGGGGAUCAACAAGCCUCUUCCAGGUCCACCAGUGCCCAGAAAGAAAGACGAUGGCUUCCAGACAGAGGGAGUUAUUGGUUCGAAAGAUAAACUGCCAAGCGCAGGCCCUCCUCACAACGAGAACGGUGUAACGAUUAAAGAAUGAUAAGUUAACAAGGAAAGCCCCCAUAACAUGGGAUAUGGACGGCCGCUUCAUGGAUAUAAAGGUCAUCAAAGCGGGCGAUUUUGGCCACAUUUCAUAUAUAUAUCACCCAUUGUAUCUUGAUAUCGUUUGUAAUUAAUAUUGAACGAGCCAUGCAAUAUUACAGUGUAGAAAGAUCGAAAUGGCUAAUCGUUUCACUUUAAAUAAGUUCUUUACAUGCACGGUUUUAAAAACUUGUCCGCUAAGACGUUUUUAUUUCUUUCAGC